AUGGUAGAAACCGAGACUAUGCGGAUCCAAUCAGUGACUCGUGGAAAAAGAAUCCGAAAAGAAGUCUCAGAAGACGACAUAACCUUCAUAGAGGUGGAUGUUGAUGAACUUCUUCUACCGCACAACGAUGCUUUGGUAAUCUCUCUCAAUGGUUUAGAUUUCAAAAUUAAGCAUGUUUUGGUUGAUCCAAAAACUUCAGCCAAUAUCAUUCAAUGGAGAGUUUUGGAGCAAGCAACGUUUACCAGAAACAUCAUUUGGGCAACAAAACUUCUAGCUGGCUUCAACUUAACAAGUGUCAUGACCCGAGGGGAAAUUUUGUUUCCCACGCGACUCGAAGGAGUAAAGAAGACCACGUUAUUUGAAGUGGUAGAUGGCGACAUGGGUUAUAAUAUUAUCCUUAGAAGGCCAUGGAUACACGAGAUGAAGGUCGUGACCUCGACCUAUGUUUUUGACACAAGAAGAGAUCAACCAAAUAAGAGGAGACCAACUGACAAUGAGGGAGACGAACGCAAUAAUCUUUUCUAG